CUCGGGGCAGGUUGCUACUGGGGUACUGAGAAGUACGUUCGCAAAGAUUUUCGAAAGAAGUUUCCAAACUCAAUCAAGACUGCCACCGUCGGUUUCAUGUCCCCCUUGGAUGGUGUCCGAAUUCAGAAUCCUACCUACCCGCAAGUGUGCAGCGGACAAUCGGGACACAUUGAAGUACUCUUUGUGGAACUCAAUGAACCCGAUAAGCACUUCGAAGAGCUGAUUCGAUUUUUCUUCCAAUUCCAUGAUCCAACUACCAAAGACCGCCAAGGUAACGAUCGGGGUUUCCAGUAUGCGAGCUGGAUAUUUUGUGAUGACGAACCACAGGCCCUAAUUGCUGAGCGCGUUCGGGGCGAACUGCAAACGCUGCUGGAUGCGAAUGCUCUCAACGUAUACGAUCGUAAGACGGUAUCGACAAAAAUUUCACCAAUGAAAGAAUUCACACCUGCCCAAGCGGAACAUCAAGAAUACUUAGCAAAACACCCAAACGGCUACUGUAACCACAGAAUUCGAUUCAAGCAUUGGCCCGUGAUUUCUAAAAAAGAAGGAGCCUCCAACUAG